AUGCCUGACCAAAACAAGUUUGUUGUUGACUUUCUUAUGGGUGGUGUUUCCGCCGCCGUAUCAAAGACCGCUGCUGCUCCUAUUGAACGUAUUAAGCUCUUGAUUCAAAAUCAAGAUGAAAUGAUUAAGCAAGGCCGCCUUUCUUCACCUUAUAAGGGUAUUACUGAUUGUUUUGCUCGUACUGUCAAGGAUGAAGGCGUCAUCUCUUUAUGGAGAGGAAAUACAGCCAAUGUCAUCCGUUACUUUCCUACUCAAGCUUUGAAUUUCGCUUUCAGAGAUGAAUUCAAGCGCAUGUUUAACCGCAACAAAAAGGAUGGAUAUUGGCCAUGGUUUGCUGGUAAUUUGGCUUCAGGUGGACUUGCUGGCGCGUCUUCCCUUCUUUUUGUCUAUUCACUAGACUAUGCACGAACACGUCUUGCUAAUGAUGCCAAGUCUGCAAAGAAGGGCGGUGAACGUCAAUUCAAUGGUCUGAUUGAUGUUUAUAAAAAGACUCUCAAAACAGAUGGCAUUGUUGGUCUUUAUCGUGGUUUCAACAUUUCCUGUGUUGGUAUCAUCGUUUAUCGUGGUCUUUAUUUUGGUAUGUAUGACUCCAUUAAGCCUAUUAUGCCUGUAAAUCUCCAAUCAUCUUUCAUUGCUACCUUCUUACUUGGUUGGGCUGUAACUACUGGUGCUGGUCUUGCCUCUUAUCCUAUUGAUACUGUUCGUCGUCGUAUGAUGAUGACCUCCGGUGCUGCUAUCAAAUACGAUUCUUCUCUUCAUGCUUUCCGUGAGAUUGUGGCCAAGGAAGGAAUUAGUUCUCUCUUCAAGGGCGCAGGUGCUAAUAUUCUUCGUGCUAUUGCUGGUGCUGGUGUAUUAUCUGGUUAUGAUCAACUUCAGUUGAUUCUGUUUGGUAAGAAGUUCUCCGGUGGAUCUGGUUAA